AUGUCACGCGACGAGCGCUUACGGAAACUUCUAGUAAAGGAGGAGCUAGGCGAUCUGAAACCGUCCCAGUUUUUGCGUAAAUUACAAUCGCUAGCCGGUACAGGAGUGAGUGACGAAUUUUUAAGAUCGCUGUGGUCGAGCCGUUUGCCCAUUAAUGUUCAGCAAAUUAUCGCUUCGCAAAAUGUAAGCCUCAGUGAUUUAGCAGAUUUAGCCGAUAAAAUAACUGAAAUAUCGCCACCUAAUAAUAUGCUUCAAGUAGCCAGCACCAGCUCAGCGGCCGUUCCGUUGUCAUUUGAGGGUAUGCUUUCAAAAAUGGAAGAGUUCAUCACAAGCCGUAUUAAAUCCGAAAUUACCCAACAGAUCUCUCAGCUGAACAUUCGAGAACGACGAGGCCGCAGCCGUACGCCACAGGGUCGAGGCAACCGGUUAGCCCGGUCUAGAAGCAGGGGUCGUCAACAUUCGCAGAGCCGUACUCCAGAAACAGACGCUUAUUGGACAGCUUGACCUUAUUGUCAAGCACCGGCGUAGUCAAGACGUGCCAGCCGCCGGGCAUCAAAGCUAUUUCGGGUAACACAGAGUACCACAAACUUCUGGCCCAGUACCCGGACCUCAUC